AUGAAAGGGGGCGAAGACUACAUGGUCUCUCAGUACGAUUCCGAGAUCGAAGAUCUGCGCACACAAGCAGUCGAGGACGAGCUUAUGUUUGGUGAUGAAAAUACAUGGACCCGAAAGGCCAUAUCCACUAUACACGAUGCCAAGGAGAAGCUAAAAGGCAUUGGCAAUCCACCAGAUGUUCUACGCCAACUUGCAGUUCCCAAGUCAGCCGCCCAACCCGCAGUGCAGGCAGAGAUCAACGCGACUGGAGUCUCAGAUUCUGUCAUUUCAUCUGCCAGUGGUGUCACUGACCCGGUGCUCGGUCCGGCCACUGAUUCCCACCAAUCCGCAGACUCCGCAUCGACACCAGCAACGUCUGAUGAAACAGAUCAACUCUCAGAGAGUCUGGAUAAAAUGCGGGUGAACCCAGACUCCAACUCGAAAUCGCGGUCUAAACCCAGAGGUAAAGAAGCACAAGGCUCUCAUCCGCCAGACGAACCAUAUUACUUUUAUCAAGCCUUGCCGCAGUUCUACCUAUCGUCUCUUGACAUUCGGAUUUUGAAGGCGGCCUUUAAUGAAUACGCUUCAUUUCCCGCGACUAUACUACCUCGGGUAGAGCACAUUUCAACAGGUCACAUUGUUGAUGACGAGCUUCGCAAGCGCGUGAAAUAUCUGGGCCAUCUACCCUACGGGUGUGAGGUAAAUUUUCUUGAAUGCGACUGGCGCGAUGUAGUGGUACCGGAAGUUCUGUCGCGGUUCCGUACUGAGACUGAGCGCAGACGGAAGCGCAAUCGGGAGAAAGAAGCCCGCGAAGAAAAAGAUCGUAUUCGUGCAGAGAAAGAAGAGGAUGAUAAACGAUGGGCUGCAGCACGACGCAAGCGACCGAGUAUUGGGAAUGAUGCUAGCGAAGCACCCUUCUCUGCCCAUGACUUUCAACCGCUGGCAGGCAAUGACCCUGCCCUUUUUGAUACUGGCACUUCCUCCGCCUCUCCGCCCCGCGCUUCCUCUCAAUUUGGGGCAUUGGCUUCCCCUUCUACUAGUCCUCCUGGCACCCGCACUGUCUGGGGUACAGCAGCUAUCGGCUCGCUCUCUCCGAGCUUGGAAGCUCAACGCGGGACACCAAGUGACGGUUGGUUGAAUGGUUGGGAGGAUGAGCUGCUGGCCCAGCAAGAGUCUGAGAUAAUGGCUCUGACGUCGCCCGAUGCUCACCCACCUGCAUCUGGCCCAGCAAGUGGUGGCAAGAAAAAGAAAAAGAACAAGAUCACACUGAUGUCCACUAACAGCCACCGAGGUGCAUGA